AUGGAGUCGCACAAGGACGGCCACCUCUACAACCAGGACAAGCGACGUAAUUUGUCCAAAGGAAAGGCCAUUUCCUCAUCUUCAACACUCUCCUUCACUUCUCAACUCAGCUCUCUCAUCAACACCAGCAGCAGCUCUUCCAAACCUUCAUCCGGGCGUUCUAAACCGAAGAAGGAAGACAUCUUCGCUACUCACAACCGGAAUUCGGCGAAACGGGCAAAACGGGAUCUCGAGCCAGACACCUCAUCUACAUUCGAGCAAAAACAUACCACAGAUGGCGAGACCUUGGACAAAGGCGUGUGGGAGCGAAGCAAGCGCAAGAUGGAGGAGAAGGCGCGACUUUAUGCUGCAAUGAAACGGGGCGAUAUCGAAGAUGCAGACGAGCGUUACGCCGUUGACUUCGAUGCUAAGUGGGCUGAGAGUCGUGGAAAAGACAAGGAGAGUGAUUCCGACGACGACGGCGCUGAUGACGAUGAUCAGGAGGAGGUGGAGUAUGUUGACGAGUUUGGCAGAACGCGGAAGGGGACUAAGAUUGAUGCUCUACGCGCCAAACAACAGCAGCGACGAGCCGAAGAGGGCCCUGGGAUCCUUCCUGCUGCUCCCUCCCGCGUUAUUCGAGGUGAUGCUAUUCAGCAUAAGGCGUUCGACCUUGAUGAACCAAGGGCAGCACAGAUGGCUGAGCUGGCGAAGAAGAGAGAUAAGAGCUUGACACCUCCGCCUGAUGAGCACUUCGAUGGCAACAAGGAAGUCAGGACUAAGGGUACAGGCUUCUUCCAGUUCUCAGCCGAUGCUGAAGAACGAAAGAAACAGAUGGAGAAUCUUGAGAACGAACGCGCUGAGACUGAGAGGAGAAGGAAGGAGCGCGAUAGCAAGAUGGCAGAGCGGAGAGCGCAGAUCGAAGCCAGACGACAGGAAGUCCAGCAGAGAAAUGCUAAGAGGAAGGCUGACGAAUUCCUCGAAGAACUCAGCGGGCAGAUGGAUGCUGCCAACGAUAACGCCCGGUCCACCAAGCCUUCCGACAAUGAAGGAGUCGUCAGUAAAACCCCACCCGGUAUGAUCGACCGCAUUGAAAUUGCCAUCAGCAAGGAGGAAAAAGACGAUGAUGGCUGAAUUCGACCAGAAUGUCCACGCAAUAGAAGAUUACUCAAGACGUAGUGGCUGAGGUGAAACAUUGUUGAGAUACUACUGUCGCUGGCGGUAUAGAUCCGGCUUCUAUGGUGCUGAUACGGUCAUCAUCUCCCCGGAUAUCACAGCGAUCAGGACCGACAGGACAGGGAAGAGUAGACAGCGGCUAAUCCUAUGCUGGAUGCAUUGAAGCAACGCCACGAACCGAUCAAGAACCUACGCUGGAGCCUGUCAACCC